AUGUCAUACGCAGGACAAAACAAAGACUACAAGUAUAUGCUCACAGUCAUUGAUAUCUUUUCAAAGUAUGCGUGGGCUGUACCGAUAAGGAGCAAGUCCGGGGAUGAUGUUACAAAGGCCAUGGAAUCUGUGCUAACUCAAGGACGUGUACCGAAAAAAUUACACGUGGAUAGAGGAGCGGAAUUCUACAACUCAAAAUUUGAAUCUCUUAUGUCACGCUAUGGAGUCAAACUCUACUCCACGUACAGUAAUUUGAAGGCUUCGAUCUGUGAACGUAUCGGCUUACAACAACACGAAACACCGAACCAUAAGAAUGAAACCAUCGGAUGUCACCGUUGCGAACGAAAGGCUGGUAUUACGUCAGUCGUACGGAGGGCUUCGAGCGAAACCUUCCAAACCGGCAAAGUUCGAAUCAGCAAGUUCAAAAACGUCUUUGAGAAAGGUUACACUCCCAAUUGGACGACUGAAAUAUUCACAAUAAGCCAAGUAGAAAAUACCAAUCCUGUGACGUACAAGCUCAAAGACUAUCAAGGUCAACCCAUCGCUGGUGGUUUCUACGAACAGGAGCUCCUCAAGGUGGAACAUCCGGACAUCUAUCUGGUGGAGAAGGUGCUUCAGAAGCGGGGAAAAAAAUUAUACGUCAAGUGGCUAGGUUUUGACAAUACACACAAUAGUUGGAUAAAUGAAUCUGAUAUGUAA